UACUCUUCAAAUUCAAUAUAGAAGAAGAAACGCCAUCGGCACUUGCGAAGACACUGCAGACCACGUGAGAGCGGAGAGCCGAAAGCCGAAAGCCAAGUACUGUCUGAAUAACUAGCAGAACUCAACAUGCAUUCUUAUUAUGUAUCGAGAGAUCCUGCAUCUCCAUGAACCGAGGGUUAUGAUAUGAAACUCGGUUGAUGGCGACAUUGUCGAACCAUCCCGAUUGCUUCUUCAGACCCCGACGACGGGAUCUGCUUACUUACCGAAUCCCCGCGUUUGGCCCACCUCCAUUGAUCCGAUGAGCAUCAUAGAUGAUCAUGACAGACUGCAACUUAUAUAGCACACGAAUAGUUGCAUGUUAUCAGCUAGGAAACACAAUAACUUAGUAUCUACAUCUGACAGACAUCCAUAAUGGCGUCCGCGAUUACGUCCAACGGCUUCAUUGCUGUCAAUGAUCGCCAGAUAUAUUACGAGGAAGAAGGACAAGCCUCCAGCCAGACUAUCUUCUUCGUCCAUGGCCUAGGCGGUACUCUCAAUACAUUCCAGCCGUUGAUAACCUCUCUUCGAAACUUCCGUCUCGUCCGAUUUGAUCUAUCCGGACAUGGCCGGAGUUCCGUACCGUCACAGAAAGCCACCAUCGAGACAUAUGUUGAGGACUGCAAAGCCGUGAUCUCCCACCUGAAGGCCAGGAACCCCGUCAUUGUCGGGCAUUCCAUGGGCUGUCUCGUCGCCAUGCAUCUUGCUGCCAGUGAGCCGAAUCUGGCCUCUGCUCUCGUGCUGUUUGGACCAGCAAAGGGACUUCCAGAAGCUGCUAAAUCGGCCAACAGAAACCGCGCUGUUGCAGUCCGCCAGAAAGGUAUGGCCGCAGCGGCGGAUGCCAUAGCCUCCGCUGCAUUGGCUCCUCAGACGCUAGCAUCGCGCCCAGAGAUAGUGGGAUAUGUUCGUGAGCUGCUCUCCAGACAGGAUAAAGAAGGCUACGCGAUGGGCUGCGAGGCGCUCGCAGCAGCGACAGAUCCCAACUGGAGCAAGAUUCGCGCUAAUCGAAUCGUCAUUGUUUCGGGCGAGGAGGAUAAAGUAUCUGCGCCCGCAACAUGCCGUGCGAUCAAGGAGAGCUUGGGAAACCGAAAUGUCGAAUUAGUGAGCUGGUCCGGAGUGGGCCAUUGGCAUACAUUGGAAAAGGCAUCGGAAGCUGGAUUUCCCACCGUAACGACGUGCGCGAGUAGGUUCUUUGUGCAGUUCAGCUGGCCAUGA